CAACAGCAGCAGCAACAGCAGCCGUUUACCCUGGUGGAUCCGGCCAACAGUGCGAACUCUCUGAUACCUACGUCGUCAUCUACUGCCAUCAGCAACGGGCCAAAUGCUAUCAUCAACACUAGCACUAGCAUAGUUGCAAAUACGGCGAAUCCUAACGUGACCAGCGCCAGUAUGAAAGUAAGCGGCACCAACGAAGCGCACAUACCGCCGCUAUUAGGCGUGGCGCCACUCGGCCCCUCGCCGCUGCAGAAAGAACAUCAGAUACAAUUCCAAAUGAUGGAAGCCGCUUACUACCACUUGCCAACGCCGAGUGACUCUGAAAGGCUAAAGUCCUACUUGCAACGUCAGCCCGUGCAGACACCUCCGCAUUAUCCACAGCAACCACUUCCACAUUCUGACACGGUAGAGUUUUUCCAACGCCUCUCGCCUGAAACGUUGUUCUUUGUGUUUUACUACAUGGAGGGCACCAAGGCGCAGUAUCUGGCGGCAAAGGCUCUCAAAAAGCAAAGCUGGCGAUUUCAUACGAAGUAUAUGAUGUGGUUCCAGCGCCAUGAAGAGCCGAAGAUCAUCAACGAAGAGUUCGAACAGGGCACCUACAUCUACUUCGACUACGAAAAGUGGGGUCAGCGAAAAAAGGAAGGAUUCACUUUUGAAUACAAGUACUUAGAAGACAGGGACCUGAAUUGAUCUACGAUGAUUGUGGAACUUCUUUUUAAAAAAAUAUUAUAAAAAUGGAAAACUGAAAAAAUAAAAAAAUCGGAAAAUAUA